GGUUGGGUAGGAGGGGCUUGGUCUAAAUUUCAGCAUCUGUGUUGCAUUGUUGAUAUAAAGUUUAUGGGGCACAACUUUUGCAAUAUCAAACUAACUACUGCUCAGCCUUUGGAAGCUAGUGUUUGGGUCCAACUCGCGAGCAGCCUUCCGCCGGCAGAUCACAUUCGUUGAAACACUACAUACGACUGGAACUCUGCUCCAAUCUUUCGUCGAAGAAACGGCAGAUAUAGAAAGAAUGGACUCGCCACAGCAUGACACUGAGAUUGCGAUGGCAUCUCAACAAGAAAAGGAAGCAGACCCUAAGAUGCCGUUUGAUUACAGUCAAGACAGCUUCUGGGAGAGCACGGCUUUCUACCAGCAAAGUCUAGCUACGACUCCAAUUGAUAGUGGUUUCUUUGAACAAGCUACACUUGGGUUGUCGAUCAACACAUCAAGUCCUCAUUACGCUCGAGGCCUGACCAACGAGCCAAGUGGCAUAUCAUACUCGGACUGGGGAGGUAGCAUUUCAGGGGAUAUGCUUUCCGGAGGAGAAUUCUCGCCAGGACCAAGAUCUACCAAGGCGAACACAUUCCCCGAGCCGAACACACGAAAUACAACAGGCCCAAGACGCCCAUCAGCAGAAGCCAUCGCCCGGAGACGGAAGCAAAAUCGAGUAUCACAAGCUGCUUGGAGGGCGAGAAACAAGGAACUGGUUGAGGAGCUUCGUCAAGAAAUCGCCGAGUAUUCAGAAUACAACAAAACUAUGAAAGAGACAAUGCGAUCACUGCUCAAGACGACAGAAUCACUGAAGGGUGUAAUUGAGCAUGCCCUCGCUCUCCCAGAGCCGAAAACUUCCCAAGACGAUGGAAAACAGAGUACUAGCGAAGGACAAUUGCUCUCCCCACCCGAAUCUUCUGCAGAGGGGACAACGUUCGACCUCGAUGCGCCUCAUGAUCCUUGAAUGAGGACUUGAUGAGAUUGAUUGGGAGUUCGGUGUUCUGGAGCCUUCUUUGUGUGUGCUUUCCAGGGGAGGAUGGGUGGUUUGGCGUUCUAG